UUCACGCUGCAGCUGCACGAAUGCAAGCUCUCAAAACACAUCACACAGCAGUGCUAUCUCGAAAACAGCCUAAUGUUCAUCUUCACUUCCUGCACGAGUGACAUGACCUGUCUGUCUACAUUACAAUAACUCUGAGCUGUAUGCGUGAUGACACUGCUACCUUCUCGCCCACAUCAUACACCUUGAUCUAGGUCGUGUGAUGCAGUUAGGAGUCACACUGGGGGUAAAAACACACACACAUUUCCUCCUAAAGAGUUAGAAUUGAAGUGAACCUGUGUGUGUCAGCAUGUCUGCUGUGUUCAAGCUCCUAACUCUCCUUUGUCUCUUCUGCACGGCCCUGAGUGAAGAGAGCAGUGGAGUAGAAUGGAGAGACGCUGGAGGAGACGUCACUGUCCAGUGCAGGCCGCCUAAAAAAGACAAAGAUCAAGAGUACCUGACUCUGAUGAAGGGUCUCAGUGAGGACCACCAGGUUUUCUUAAUUGACGGAAAAACUGCAAAAAAGACCGUUGCAGAUGAAUUCACAACAAGACUUCAGACAAAUGGAGUAUUCCCUAACGUGGACAUUCUCAUCAGGAACUUAACCUCUCAGGAUACAGGGCCGUUCUGGUGCUAUUACAAGAAGUUUGACAAAAAGGUCUUUGAACAACUUUCCACAAAAGGCGAAGGCUCUGUGCUCCUGGUGGUGACAGAUACACGCUGCGACCCAUCGAACAACAACCACAUCCUGCUGGCUGUUGUGAUCUCUGGCUCUGUGCUGCUGGCUGUCAUCCUAUGCAUCAUCAUAGGGAUCAUCUGCAUUAAGACCAAGGCUUCGCGCACCACAAAGAAACAGAGACGCGUCCCGACCAACGAUGUUUACGAAGACAUGCGUGGAACAAUCAGACGGUGAAGAUGUCAGCCUGCAGGCACGCAACCUGAAACUCCUACAAUCUCUGCACCACCGCGGCACAAGUGAUGCAUGUGAAGCGAUGUUGCAAGUCAGCAAGUUCUCUCACAUCUCUCCAGGCCUUGUGUGUGUGUGUGUGUGUGUGUGUGUGUGUGUGUGUGUGUGUGUGUGUGAAAGACAGUUAAGACAAUAAUGUACAACAUGGGAACAAUACUGAAGACAACUCAAUACAGAAGCACAAAGUCUGUCUGGUCUUCCAGUGACAAGAAAUCAGAGCUGGAUUGCACACUUACAUGUAUUUUUUUUAAAUGUAAAUAUGUCUUCUUUAACUUUAUUUUAUGUACAAAGUGAUGAUUUAUUGUUAAAAAAACAAAACAGGGAUGGCUCUCUGGAGUCCACGAAAGCACCGGAGCAUGAUUUCUUCAUGAGCUGUCAGCUUCCCUCUAAAGUUUUGGCUUUUUCAUGUUUUCAGAAGUUUCCAUGUCCAAUUUAAUGCAUCAACUCUUUUUCAGCAAAGUUAAAAAUCACCACAACCAAGUGUAACAUGAUUUUACUUUUUUUGCUGGGAUUUUUCAGAUUUUGCAGUGUGUGUUUCAACAUUUUUAAUGCAAUCUUUUGUGUUGACUGUUUUUUGUGUGAUUUUUCU